CACAGUUUUUAGAGCGGUGCUAAUCAUUCAAUCACCUCUCUCUCCCUCUCUCUCUCUUCUCUCUUCAUGUAAUAAAUUGAACAGUUUGGGAACAGCCCAGAUUGGAUAAAGUUGGUAUUUUUCCUUCGUUUCGAUCAGGAAAAAAGAAGAGCAAAAAAAAAAAAUUCUCCAUUGAUCAAAAGAGGGAAGAAUCACAUCCGGGUAUCUCCCAUUUUCAAUCCCCCUUUUGAUUCUCUCGUUGCCUUGUCUCUUCAUUUUGAGUUCUUCAAUUUGAUCUGUGAAAGUUGCUGAUAUAUGGGAAAUUGAUGGAUUGUUAUAUCGACUGAAGUUGUGGUUUUGUGUCCUUUUGAGGAUUCUCUUGUGAGAUUUGGUCAAUUGGGGGAGGAGGUUUUGGGAGUGGUUUGAGUCCCUCUUUUUUUUUUUACUUUUAUUUCAGUCUGUUCUAAUUAGGUACUCGCGGUUAUUUGUUUUUACAGAUAGAUUUUGUUUUCAAGAAUCUAUUUGAUCUUACACUAUAAGUUGCUAUAUCUCCUACUUGUUGUGCAACCUAAUAUUUUUGUUCAAUUAUUGAGGCCAGUCCUUGGUUGCCAGAAUCAAAGUGACCCAUUUGAGGAAAUCUUGUUAGAUUUCACUUGUGAGUGUUGAGGUUUACACUUGAGCUGUAUAGAAAGAUGAGCAGGGAUCAUUUGAACCACCAAAAUUCUCCUAGUGACUCUGCAAAUUGGCAAUAUGGUAACUCAUCAAUGAAUAUGCCAUUACCCAAUUCUUCUCUUCCCAUGUAUCAAGGGAUUCAAAUGGCUCCAUCUUCUUCAUGCCCUCAAGUUUCAAUGGCUGAAUCCUUUUAUCCUAAUCCUUGGAAUAAUCCCAACAAUAGUGUGCCCAUCGGAAAACCCAUUCCUUUAUCUCAAAGGCUUGAUAUGGGUAUGUUUUUACCAGCAAAUCCGGGAGUUCUUCAUCCUAGUCUAUCGGAUUUCCCCUCCGAUUCCUCUUUCAUCGAGCGUGCUGCCAAGUUCUCGAGCUUCAGUGCCGGUAAUUUCAGUGCCUUAGUGAAUCCGCAGACUUCAAUUGAUCAUGGAUCUAGAUGUGAGAGUCCGGUGAAUAAUCAAAGAGAUAAUGGAAGUGGACGAGAAGAGACCUCGGCUAAUGUAUCCGAGGAUUCUUCUUCGAAAGGGCUCAAUGUUAAGAAAAGGAAGAAAAAUAGUCAGGAUAUGGAAUUAGACCAAGCACAAGAAAACCCAAAGGAAAAUGUGGAAAAUAAGCAGAAUGUUGAAUGCAGCAGCUCAACUCCAGCUACAGGGAAAUCCAAGGGAAAGGAUGCAAAGGAUAGCACUGAUGGAGCUAAGCAAGAUUAUAUCCAUGUGAGAGCACGUCGAGGGCAGGCAACAAAUAGCCAUAGUCUUGCAGAGAGAGUUAGGAGGGAAAGGAUUAGUGAACGAAUGAAGUAUCUACAAGACCUUGUGCCUGGCUGUAGUAAAGUUACAGGAAAGGCGGUUAUGCUGGAUGAAAUCAUCAAUUAUGUUCAAUCACUACAACGGCAGGUCGAGUUCUUGUCUAUGAAGCUUGCUGCUGUUAAUCCAAGUAUCAACUUAAAUAUAGAAGCGCUUCUAUCUAAAGAUAUUGCACAGACCCGGGCUGGUCAAUCUCCAAUGGGUUUCUCGACUGAUCUUAUUCACCCUCAAUUUCUUCAAUCUCAACCGGGUUCGGCUCAAGCUGGAAUUCACAGCAUGAUGAAUCAUGCAGAUGCACUCAGAAGGACACUAAACGCUCAAUUUUCAGCUUUGAGUGCCUUCAAAGAGCCCACACCUCAGAUGUCGAAUCCGUGGGACGCUGAGCUCCAAAGCAUGGUUCAGAUGAAUUUUGGCAACAACCCUGCCCCCAGCACCCAGGAGUUCAAUGGCAAGCCACAUGAUGGAUUCCAGCUAUAAAUUUGAUCACCACUCAUAUGUUGAGCUUUAAAGAUUAUUACAUGGUUGGCAAUAAGCUCCCCAUUCUGGAUUCAGGUUACUCCUAGAAGAAGCUGCCAAAGGUUAUACGUAGAAACGAAGAUAUGUAUAAAGUUCGUAUAUGAAUUACAUAAGAGAGUUUUAAAUGCGUUUCUUUGGAGUUGUCUCGGAGAUUUCUUUCUUGUUGUAAAUUUAUGUAAAAGCAUAUCUUUUUUUUUUUUUGCUGUGGAAGAAUGAACUACACCGUUAUGAGAGAUAUCAGACGGCUGGAAAAUGUAGUAUUUUGCUUUUAACCCGCGGAAGAGCACUUGGUUUUCUUUAUUCUUUUCUCGUUCAUAUUGACAAUAAUGUAAUGGAGGUUUUUCGUU